AUGAAGAAAGAUGACGAGAUGGCUGAAAUCACGUGCGGCCAAGAGGUCGCCAGGAGGGAGAGCAUCAACACGGCCACCACAAUGACAAUCUACCUACAGAAAUCUAGCAUCGUUUUUAGCAAAACGACUACCUCGGCGAAUAAGGAGAUAAUCAGAGCUGCACUUUCAAUGGAAGUAGUUGACAAACACAAACAAGAUAAAUACUUGGGACUCCCCUUAGUGAUAGGAAAAUCAAAACGGGAAGUAUUCGCUAAUAUCCGAGACAGGGUUUGGAAACGUCUUCAAGGAUGGAAGGAGAAAUGGCUAUCGAAGGGAGGAAAAGAAAUCCUUAUCAAGGCUGUGAUUCAAGCCAUCCCUACGUACGCAAUUAGCUGCUUCAAACUUUCAAGGUAUUUUACGGAUGAAGUUAAGGGGUCUAUGGCUAAGUUUCGGUGGAAGGAUAAUCGAGGGAAGGGGAUUCAUUGGAUUAAAUGUCCCGAUAUGUGCUUGAGCAAAGGUUGUGGAGGUCUCGGUUUCCGCAACUUAGACGCUUUCAACCCAGCUCUUCUUGCUAAACAAGUUUGGCAUCUUUUGGUUUCGCCGGAUAGCUUAUUAGGGAGGAUAUACAAGGCGCGAUACCACCCACAAUCUGAUAUUUUUGGUGCAUCGUUAUGA